AUGGAUACAACGGGCGGCACAGAUUUAUUCACCUCCUAUGAACAGGACUAUAACCAGGUGGUUUUAGCUAUUUCGGACAAAAUCAAUACGAUUCCACAACAAUCUGGUGAACCAAGGAAAGCUACUAUUCGUGCUGCAGAGCGUGAAAUCGAUGAAGCAACGGAAAUUUUAGCACAAAUGAAAGUUGAAAUCAUGAACUCUUCUAACGCAGCACGUCUUCGUCUUCAACCAAGGAUUAGAACCUAUCAAAGCAACUUGGAUAAAUUAAAACGUGAUCUGAAACAUGCGAGUUCACGUAUUAGCGGACCUACAGAUCGUGAAGAAUUAUUAUCCGGCGCUCGCGGCACCGAUCUCGAUAGUGCCUCAACAGAUCAAAGGGCUCGGCUUUUGACUGGUACCGAACGAUUGGCAGAAAGUAGUCAACGGUUACAGGAUAGUCAUAGGAUUGCAUUAGAGACUGAAAUAAUUGGGGCAAAUGUUCUUGAAGAUAUUCGACGACAAAGAGAGCAGAUUAUCAAUACUAGGAAUACUUUACUCGAGGCUGAUUCUUACAUUGACAAAGCUCAACGCACACUUAAGGGCAUGACACGUCG